UAAACUAAUUAAACAACAGGAAAACAUUAAAAGAGGACCUGCAUGCAGAUUUCUUUUUCUCUUCCUGUCUCUCUUCUCUUCCUGAUCAUCGUAGUUACAUGUACAUACACACGCUGCUUAAGUUGUGUACAUAACUGGGUUUAUCAUUGAUUUUUUCAUGAAGAAUGUAUUUUGUAACACCUGUGACUCACACCCAAAUGAUAUGACAUGUUGGUGCACAGGCUUGAUCUUAAAAUUUGUUUUUAGAAUUAAAUGAUAGUAUCAUUGUGGUGCGACAACUUUCAGAGUAUUCUUGAAAGUGAUUAGAUGAAGGGGUGCCUGAAAUGAAGCCCUAAGUGACUUUUGGAAAUUUUCAAGGUAGCUACAAUUGAAAUAUCUCCCAGCAAUUUUCAUAGAUCAUUCUGGUAUUAAUUAUUGUCUUAAAAGAACUAGUAUUAAAGAACUAGUUAUUUUAAGACAUGAUAAAAACCCAAAGUAAACUGUGAAAAUUGCUGGGAGGUAUUUCAAUCCUAGCUAACUCAAAAUUUUCCAAAAGUCACUUAGGGCUUUAUUCCAGGCACCCUGUCAAAUUUGGAACUUUACAAGGUACUUAGUACUUUAACAUAGGCUUGGCAAAAUGGUGCUUUCUCUGAGAGCCAGCUGUUACCUAAUUUCACAGACAGGAAGAGAGCUUAUAAAGUUUCACAAGAAAAAAAUACUUAAGGUAACAGUUAAAGGUAGUUAGGCUAUUACGUUCCUGGUGGAACAAAGGGUGGUUACAAUGCUGCGUCAGCGGACUCUGUUCGCGGCUGUUCUUUUUACCGUAGUCCAGUGAUGUUGGCUUCUUUAAGCCCCUCUUCCACUGAUCUCCUCCAGGUUUUCAGUGGUCUUCCUACCUUCCUUUUACCCUGCAGAUUCCAUUCAAGGGCCUGUCUGGUUGUAUCAGAUAUUGUUUUCCGCAAUGUGUGGCCAAUCCAAUUCCAUUUGCUCCUAGCGAUCUCUGCUGGAAUACAUUCUCGCUAUCCAUUCCAUCUGCUUGAAUCAUAUCUGCCAAGCACUGCAAUGUCAUAGCGGCGCAUUUCGUUUGCCAUUUGUGCGGCGUUACUUGUAUCGUACAUGGUAUGUACAUUCCAGAUCCCAAUCUUUGUUAUAGCCUUCAUCGUCAGAAGAGAUCUCAUCCAUCUGGCUCCUGGCAGGGUUUCGCCAGAUGGUGUCAUAUGGCUCACGGAAGAGACCCCGUCACGAGUCGGGCUGGUCAUACUCAGUAUUGUCUCCGUUUCUGUAAUCAUUUGUAUCCACUGGUGGAUGAUUGGCUCAGUCAGCUUCACCAGGGUCCCCGUUAACCAGCACGUUUCAGGGUAGAUCCAGGCAGGCCUUCAUGGCUACUGUAGCAGCUCGGGAAGAUUAAUCCAUCACCAUGCAUCACUCUGCCUAGCAAUCCCCUACUUUGCCUGUUUUCACCUCCUACAACAUGGACGUGGGAAUUGGAUUUUGGGAGACACAGUAUAAAGUUAUACUUAUAAAGUUUCACAAGAAAAAAUACUUGAGACCCUGACUUGCCCAAUCAGCAAACCUUUUAUAUGGAAGGAGAAUGUUAUGAUUAUGAUGCGGACAUUGAUGAACUGUUUGUUUUGGCUGGAAAAAUCAUUUGCCCAGCUGGUCAAGAAGAGAAUGGAAUCUCCCAACCCUCUGAUGAAGAUUAUGAACAGUGCCUUCUUCGUAUGCUGCACUGCUACAUCCUGCCAAAGAUAACCUUAUGUAAAGAUGACUUGGACAAAGUCACAAAUGCAAGAGAAAAACAGGCCUUGAACAUCCAGAUGUUAGAUAGAAAGGUUAUAGAGGAAUGCAAAACCAUUGAUGCUUGUGAGUUACAGAUGGAGGACUUACGGACUCAAUUCCUUCCUGACCUAGAAGGAUUCAUCAACAAGGGAUGGUGCUCAAAGGGAUUUCUUGACCUGCUUCUUGAGGAUGUUAGCAGGGAAGAACCAAGAUUACGGCAACAGAUUGACAAGGCUCAAGAUCUAGUGCAACAUGCUAAAGACAUGUUGUCACAGAAAUCAUGUGCUGCAUUCAGUGAACAGCUGAGUGCAGCCAGACAAAAGAGAGAUGAAAAACAAGGAAAACUCGUAGCGCUUCUCAUGGCCAGAGAACUCAUUUCCAGUGCCACUCAUCAGGCUGCAAAUGUCAAAGGAGCAAUUGUUGUUGGGCAUUACUUGCUGCAGCAGUAUCUCGAGGAAAGGGAGAAACUUUUUGUUCUCAAAGAAAAUCGCAACAGAUUUCUGGAACAGAAGAACUGCGCUUUGAGUGUAAGAGAAAUGUUGCAGUCUGCCGUGGAAGAGCUGAUGGAAAAGGGCUACACUGAUGCUAAUGACGCUAAUGCGUUAGGAUCACGUGCCACUGAUGUGCUCGAAGGAGUUUGGAAGCCGGAAUGGCAGAGGCUGGGUGAAAGAAUUGCUACUUUGGUUAACAAUGAAGAACACCCGGUUGGAAACCACUUCAAACAAUUUUGCCUGAGGAUCCACGCCCUCUGUCAAGAGCUCGUCGAGGCUGGGAGAAAUGGCAGCUUUGCCGAGUUCACUCCUUCCUGUUCGCCCUUUGGGAAACCUGGUCCAAAUCAGUACGAAAUGUACGGCUUGGAGGACUUUGCGGUGGAGUAUCACAGACCCAAAUUGCAGUUUUUACAAACGGAAAUUGCUAAGCAGCUAGACACUGCAACAGAGUUCUUGUCCGAUUUUUUCAAUAACAAGGACGUACAGUUCAAGAACAAAAUAAGGCUUUGCUAUGAGCAAUGUUUCUACGACAAAGAGCACGCAUUUUUGGCUUGUGUCUAUGAGCUUGCUUAUCAUCAGCACGUGGAUAAACUUGAACGGGAUGUACAAAGGCUCCGAAGACUGCCGAUAAAGUUACUGAAUUUACAGAUGAAAGACGAGUGGUGGCUGGAGCUUUUUGAACAACGCACUUACCAGACAAGUGUCGACGAAGGCCACCUUCGACCAUUCACAGAGGCUUACAUGAAUGGCACUCUACUAGAACAGACAGCUACAGGCCUGAGUGGUUCUUACGACAUGAUUGAUGAUAUGGAUGACUUCGUUGAAGAGGAGGUAACACGAAAUGGUAUGGACAGCCUCUUCGGAGGUGACUUGCCACAAAAUGUUGAUUCAUUUCGGAGCUUGUGCAUUAGCGCUAUUCGUAAUCGCUCAAAAACCAUAACUGCAGAGGGAGGUCAGCCACCCCUUGACGAACCUGAUACAAGCCGUCCGAAGGCCAAGCCUAGGGUGGAGACUGUCCUCAGUUCCAGUGCACCAGCAGGCGACAUGGGAUUAACCAUGGGUGAGAUCAUUGAUCUAUGGGAGACAAACAAAGACACAAAUGAGGAUGAAAAUGGCCAGCCUCAUAAAGCCACGCUAGAGAGAACACUUUCAAAAAGCCAAGGUGAUGUUGGCAAACAGGAUAGUAGAGUUUGUGGAGAAACAUUUGAAGAUCACUUUGGUCCAGCACUGCAGAACAUGAGAGACAUUUUCAAGGUCACAAGCCCCCUAAACAAGCUGAAAUGCUUGACCUCUUCCCUCCGGAAAAUCACCAAUGCUGUACAGGAGCUACGAAUGCGAAGUGGAAAAGACAGUUUUGCUGCAGCAGUGAAUGCAGAGGAUCUGUUGCCACUUCUAGUCCUCAUGAUGCUCCAAAUGGAGCCUUGGGAGGUUGCCGCCAUGUGGCCCCAGCUGGCGUUUACAGAAGACCUGAUGGCACCUUUUCUGUCAUCUGGGUGCCAUGGCUGGGCCCUUGUGGAGUUUCAGAUGGCACAAAGAAUUUUACACGACCUUUGUCAAGAAUUCUAAACGUAGCUAAACUAUUGUUUUAAAUAAUUGCAAGUUUGUGUGCCCAGGGCAUAAAAACAUAUGAUGAUGCACUGCAAGAAACAAUUUUGUUUUAGUCAAAGUGGUGACCCUUCACAUGACUGUGGAAAGUGAUAUAACUUUAAAAGAAUUGAUUCACCAAUGCAUCGAUAUUUGAUGUUAAGUACAAACAUAUGACGAUUGUUUUAUAUAUACACAACACACAUGCAAUUUUUCGUAGGGAGAUGUUGCUGUAGCAUACUUUUGUAAUGUACAGAGUAGAAUUGAAUGACAGGUUGAGUGAACGUUCAACUUAUUGUAACCAAGUGCACAGCCCAUAGUCAUGUUAGUAGUUACUUGACACUUCAUGCCUCACUGAGGUCUUCAAGUCACAGAAUUUUUCAGUUUUUA